CUUUUAAAUUCGCGAGUAAUUACACAUAAACUCAAAUACGCAGUAAUCAAACCUAACAUUGAGAAGAAACCUGUUAGUAAUUAUAUUUUGGGAAAUUACAAAUCACCCCCCUCCCCCUCUCUGAGUAGUGGUACAUUCCUCGGUCGCACUGAGCGGGAAUGCGGACCGAACCAUUCCACCGGCGCUGAGGGGAGACACACAUUCUCAUGCACGUCUCAUUCAUCGCGUGAUAAUAUUUUUAAUUCGCGUGCUUUCCGUUUUGUUUUUAAACCUGGGAGUUAUUAAAGUGGUUUCUGAGUGAGCAGAUAUGCAGAAAGGAGUGAAGAUGAAGAUGAGCACUGAUGAGUUUACUCCAGGGGACAUAGUGUUUGCUAAAAUGAAGGGUUAUCCUUUCUGGCCCGCCAGGAUUGGGGAAGGAAAAGCCCCCAAAAAUAAGAUCCCCAUCUUCUUUUAUGGAACACACUCGAUAACGUUCCUCUUGCCCAAAGACAUCGUCCCCUACUGGCCAAACAAAGAGAAGUACGGCCGGCCAAUCAAACGCGGCGGCUUCGAGGAGGGCAUGUGGGAGAUCGAGAACGACCCGGGUGUGGGCCUCAGAGGUCACAAGAAAGCAGCGCUGCUGAAGCGACUGUCAGAGAGUCGACCGAAACUGAAAGACAGGACGAAGAAGAAAGCAGAAGAUCAGAGCGAAGCCAAGAACCAGAGCGCAUCCCGUAAGGAGUCAGCGCCGAAGAGCGAUUCGAACGCAGCGACGCCUCGCAAGAAAGAAACUCCUGUGAAAACCAGCAAAACAAAGUCUGAAUCCGUCGCUCCCGCAGACGAUAAAACAACCGUAACCAGAUCAACACGCUCCAGAGAUCCUGAGACGAAGACCGUCACGCCAGACGAGAGACGCACGACAGCGAAGACGGCCGGCGAACGGAGGAGGAUUUUACCGUCCGGAAAGAUCGUUUUAGCACGAGGAGCGGCAGCAGCGAAGACGCUCUCCGCUCGCAGGAAACACGCACUGAACAGAAAGCUCAAGAAACGGAGAGACGCUCACAAUCUCAAGCAGCCCUUGAGGAUCACGCGCUCUACUGCAGAUCUGACCCAGACCUCAGACCAGACCACUGCCGCGCCGCCGAAGACACCCGCUCUGAAGCGGACACGCUCGCAGACUGAGUCUGAUGUGAAGGAAGACGCUCACGCUCCACUUCCUGUGACGAGCAGCUCCGCCCCCUCGCGCCCAGCAGAUUCAAAGAGGAAACGUCUGGCGGAGGAGCAGACGCCCGCACCAGAAGAACCGGAGAGGAGCGAGGUCGAGAAGAUAAACACACAAGACAAGCCUGAACAGACAGAGACGGUGAUUAAACCCAAGACGACGAAGAGCGACGUUCUGAGUGUCUCUGAAAAACAAGACGAGACAAAAGAGGAGAAGAAAGCGACAGAUGAAGAGGAGAGCGCUUUGGAGAUCCGGAGGAGCAGCAGCGGUCUGUGUGUCUCUCAGAGGAGUCAGAUCCUGGCCGAGAAGAGGCAGAGCGUGCUGAAGUCACUGCAGGGACUGGUGACGUCCACCAGAGGGAAGACACAGACCGGCGCCGAACACACGGUGCACUGCGAGGAGCCGCAGACACGUCCCGAGAGGAGCCCCAUCAAACCCACGGCGGAGGAGGAGGAGGAGGAGGAGGAAGAGAAGGAAGAUCCGGAGCAGAACGGAGAGCGUGACAGCAGCAACACAGAACAGCAGAACAACAGCAGCAGCAGAGAGGAAGAGCGCAAAGAUCACUCUCUGUCCGUCACAGACUCGUUGCUCUACCGGCUGCAUGGUGACAUCAGAAUCUCAAUGAUGCUCGAAAAUCCAGAUGUCAGUAAGUGUUUAUCGGCUCUGGAUGAGUUGAGCACCGUCCCGGUCUCGUCUCGAAACAUUCAGAACCACAGCGAGCUCAUCGACACGCUCAGAAAGAUGCGCUGGUUUCGCGGCAGCGAGGCGAUCAUGUUUAAAGCAUCCAUGUUGUACCAUCGCUUUAAAAACAUCUACCUCAUCGGAGACGCCGACGAGACUCUGAGUCAGGAAUACAUCGACUCACUGCAGGAGGAGAGAGAGACGGACGCCAGAGCAGCUGUGAGUCUGACGAGCGUCUGCAAAGAGACCCGAGAUACGAAACAAGCGCCUCAAACCACUGAACAUGUGCCUCACAGGGCGGACAGGAGCUGACGCGAGGAAACCGCCGCCGUUUUUAUCCUUGUUGUGUUGCUAUUCUGAAACCAGGCUUUUUAUCCGCUGUCGGAGAGUUUUAUCCUGUCGCCCUGCAGUUAUUUAUUCCCGCUGAGCGUUUCACCGUCCAGUGCGAUUCUUCAUGUAAAUCACGGGUUCUCUACACGAGGUUUUCCCGUCACAGAUGAACCCCAGUGCCAUGACGUCAGUGUUUUAGUUCUUCAGUACUUCAGAAAACCAGAGAAAGACACUAAUAAAGGUCAGAGGCGGCGAUGUUUCUGCUGCCAGGACAUCAUCAAACACGCUUCGAUUUCACUCGUCCGGGCUUCUCGUGAAGUCUGAUUUGAUUCUGAUCAGAUUUAUGCCUUUUCCUUUUAUCACAGAGCAUUAGAUCACGUCUGCAGAUUUAGCUCCACGCCUCCAGACCCAUGUUUGUAAGAUGUGACACGAUCAAGUACAUUAAACCCGAGCAUUAAGAUGUUAAAUGGUGCGUGUUUAUACACAAGGCAGCUACAUGAUAUUCAUACAGUAACACUCUUUCACACACACACACACACACACACACACUAUAUCUGAUCUGAAUCCGGUGCUAACACAACAGACGCUGUCUUUAAUGAAUGCAUUUAGCCGUAGAUUUGUAUUAUUAAGCACUUGCAUGUGCUUCCUGUGUGAUAUUACAGUGACUCUGCAUUAAACUGAUCUUCAGUCCUCA